UCCGCGGGGACUUGGCCGUAGCGGGAUCCUGGGAGAGGGGAAGGGGUACGGCGGGGACCCCAGCGCCGCAGAGCCCCUGUCUGCGGGCAGCCUGCAGCGGGACCCCCAGGUUUAUAAUGGAACUUACAUGUUUGCCUAAAUUCCUUUGGACAAGUGACAACAAGCUUCUGCAUCACCAUUUUCCGGACAUAUUGGCUACUGUUCAUACCACACAAGACAUUCCUGAAGAAGUUGUUUUUGGACCAUGCUUGCUCCAGAACACCCUGCUGGACACUGUAGCUUUUAUUGCUCUCAAGUGUUCUGAUAGACGGAACAUCCACUAUGUAUUUAAGGUAGACGUUACAUCUGUGCACAGUCCCACAGGACUGCCUUGGAUGAGACUUGUACAAGCAGCUGCCAAUAGCAAGGAGCAGAACUUGGAAGCUUACUUAGAAAACAGCCAGUUAUAUUAUCGCUCCACCAGGAAAAUCAAUAAAAAUGAGGAGUUGCUUGUCUGGUAUGAUGAGGAGCUUUCCAGCCUCUUGGGUUUCAAUGAGAUAAAACCUCAGAGUCCCCAGAGUGAGUUGAGAUGCCAAGAAUGCGACCGAGUCUUUAAAUGUGAGCAUUCCUACCUAUCCCAUGUCCGUUUCCUCUGUGUCCCAGAGAAGAGUGCCCUGCUGUGGAGGAACUUCCAGAACCCUAAGACUGAAAAGAGCAACUUAGCUGAGCAGACCACAAAUUUCCACAGUCUGGCAAGGGAUCUAGAAGUCAAAAUGGCAGCUUGUAAAGAUGAUGCACAUGGUCUUGUUGGAGAAAGGAGAGCAAAAUCUGAAGAGGCUGAGAACAGGAGCAGGAAAACAGUGUUGUUGGAGAAAACCAAUAAUUUGACUGAGGAACGUAACUGUGGGGGCAAGGAAGAGGUGGGAGGAGAGCAUGCAUUGGCUGGUUCUUUCUGGAAGCUUAGUUCAGGGAGGCAGUCAGCUAGGAAGGAUGUUUUAGAGCAGAAGCAGAGUGCUUUCACUGAGGUCAGGAGGAUGAAGGAGAAGCUGAGGAAUGAGAAACUGAAGGGGCCAGAGCAGGAGGAUGGCACGGUCCCAGGUGGUAAAGAGCAGGUAUCAAAGGAAGUGUUGGUGAACUCCUCUGGUAGUGCAUUCUCCUUUGUUUGGCCCACCAGAGCUCGAGGAGAACAGAAAAGUGCUUUCAGCAAACCCAGUAAGCGUCCAACAGAAAGAGCUGCAAUAAAUUCUUCUCAUCCCAUGAGUGAGUCAGCAAAGAGCCUGGGGGAGCUGUCUGGCUUCAUUGCCACCACAGACAUCAUGUGCUGCAGCACUCUUCUCAAUUCCAAGUUCUUUGUCAGUGAUUUGUGUAAUGCUCAGAUGCUGCAGACGAGCAUCACUCGGAGCAAUGUUUUCCCAUAUACCUCAGAACCGUGGCCCAAACAAGCAGGAGGACAGUUACAAAACACAACCACCACUUCUUCUUCCUCCUCCUCCUCUUCCUUGACUCUUCUUCCCCCCACCUUCACAUCCUUUGGAGUGGCUGCCCAGAACUGGUGUGCCAAAUGCAACCUGUCCUUUCGCAUGACAUCCGAUUUAGUCUUCCACAUGCGGUCACAUCACAAAAAAGAAUACUCCUCAACUGAAUCCCAGUGCAAGAGGAGACGAGAGGAGAAGCUAACAUGUCCCAUUUGUCACGAGUACUUCCGAGAACGCCAUCAUUUAUCCCGGCACAUGACGUCUCAUAAUUAGAGAUGUGCAGACAGAUGUCACCAAGGGACUGGGCAGGUUGUAUAAAGAAGGGAAUCACUGUUCACUUAUAUACAUUUCUUUUUGAGUUUACAUUAAUUUCUUACAGGAAAUCACUGUUUACAAUAAUUUAUAAUAGAUGCUUUGCAAAAAAAUUAUAAAAUGUUUACAAGAAUAUGAGUGGCUUGUAAGUUUUGAAAACUCAACCUAGCCCUUGUCAACCUAUUUUUGAGGAAAUAAAAUAGUGAAAUGAAUGUGCAUGCAGUGUUAAUUUGCAGAGUAGGGAACAAAAUUAUAGUUUUGCAAACAGAGUUUUCUUUGCUUAUAUUUGAUUUGCUGGUGUCUGUGUAGUACAAUGUAAAUACAGAAGUAACAACCACCUCAUUGAAUGAGGAACCUUUGAGGACUAAAAAAAUCAGAGCUUAUAUGCUAAGAGAAAAGAAAUUACUAUUUCUAGCAGUGUUGGUGGACUCUUACUCCUUUAUGUUAGCUGAAUCAGCUCUCUUACCAGAUUUGUGAGCUAAAAACUUAUAUCUCACUAUCUCCUUGGCUUUGAAAGGAACCUGAAGUUAAGACUGUCUGAAAUCUGUGAUUGUCAACAACUGACCAGCAGACUGCCAAAGAGGAUGUGACUUAUAAAGCAGCAUAUCUGAGUUCUGUUCUAGGCUCUGCUGCUUUUGAAAUAUCUUUUACGAAGUCAAAUCAGCCUGGAUCUGUAUUAUAAUGUGACCUGUUGUCAACAUUAUUGUGUAGACAGGAAGCAAAAAU